AGGGGUGGGGCACCCGGAGCCCCGCCUAUCCUGGCCUCCUGGCAGCCAAUGAGAGCUGCGCUCGCGGCUACAAAGCGGAAGUGGGGGGGUAGCCGCGGGAGCCGAGGUGUGCGCGUGAGGCUCUGUCCUGUCUCUCUCUCUCUCUUUUCCCCCCCUCCCCCCUUUCCCCGGCUGCCGCAGUGCUAGAGGCCGGGCGCGUGUGCGCAGCGACUGACGCUCCGUUUCCUGUCGGCGGUAUCCACUAGAGGACCCAGCGCACCAUGGCUGAUGAGAUUGAUUUCACGACUGGAGAUGCUGGUGCUUCCUCCACGUACCCCAUGCAAUGCUCUGCGCUGCGCAAGAACGGCUUUGUCGUGCUCAAGGGACGUCCUUGCAAAAUUGUUGAAAUGUCAACCUCUAAGACAGGCAAGCACGGUCAUGCCAAGGUUCAUUUGGUUGGUAUUGAUAUAUUCACUGGCAAAAAAUAUGAAGAUAUCUGCCCAUCCACUCAUAACAUGGAUGUUCCAAAUAUCAAGAGGAAUGACUACCAACUGAUCUGUAUUCAGGAUGGCUACCUCUCUCUGCUGACAGAAAGUGGUGAUGUUCGUGAGGAUUUGAAGCUGCCAGAAGGUGAACUAGGCAAAGAAAUAGAGGGGAAAUAUAAUGCAGGUGAAGAUGUACAGGUGUCAGUCAUGUGUGCAAUGAGCGAAGAAUAUGCUGUAGCCAUAAAGCCCUGCAAAUAAAUGGGAUCUCCAGGCUCGAGCAAUUGCUCAGGUCCGGAGAAACCACAGAUAUUACAUUUGGUUCUGAUUGUCACCAAAGCUAUGGCCUUCACAAGCAACCUCAUUUCUUUUUGGAUUGUUUCAAAAUAGUGCUGGAUUCUGGAUUAGUUUUGCAGGCUGACUGGCAAUUUUCAUAAUCACUGAGGUUUUAAUUCCUUCCGAAUUGUGUACCUCUUCUAACAUGCCUGUAGGCUUCAGUUCCUGGGUCCAAGAAACCUGAUGGUUUCGUUCACUAGCAGGUAUAUUUUAUUUGUUUGAGCAAAACAUUGUCUGUGUGAACAGACAAUGUACAGUAUUCAGGGGAUUUUAGAUAAGAUAGUCAAUGGUAUCUAGGAUUAUAAAUUAACCUAGAACAUAAAUAGUAUUUAGUUUUUUGCCAUAACAUUUAGAUAGAACUGUCAUAAUAUAGAAUUGUUUUAACUUAGACAUUAACAUUUUGUGAAUUGGGAUUCUCAGUGAACUGUGGGUGCUGAUCACAUUUCUUAGACCAUGAAACUCAAGUGAUU